AUGGCCCGCCGACCGAUCGUGGGUGGAAACUGGAAAUGCAACCCGGAGAGCAUGGCCAAACUGGAUGCCCGGAACGCCUGCGACGCCAGCAAGUGCGACAUCUAUGUUUGCCCCUCUCCUCUCCACGUGGCCUACGUCUGCUCCAAGGUCAAGGCGGGGAUCAACGUCUGCCCGCAGAACUGCAACUUCAAGGGCUGCGGAGCCUACACCGGUGAGGUCGCAGUCGAGCAGAUGAAGGACCUGAAGAUCGAGUGGGUGCUGAUCGGCCACUCCGAGCGCCGCGAGUACUUCAAGGAGUCGAACGAACUCCUGGCAGAGAAGAUGAAGCUCAUCCUGGAUUCCGGCAUGAAGUGCGUCUACGCCAUCGGCGAGAAGCUGCCUGAGCGCGAGAAGGGCCUGGAGUCUACCAUGGCGGUGUGCAUUGAGCAGCUCGAGAUGGUGAAGGGGCUCCUGGACCCAUCAAAGGUCGUCAUUGCCUACGAGCCCGUCUGGGCCAUUGGCACGGGGGUGACGGCGACAGCAGCGCAGGCCCAGGAGACCCACGCAGAGAUCCGCAAGUGGAUCGCCAAGAAUGUCAGCGAGGAAUGCGCGGCUGGCAUCCGCAUCCAGUAUGGCGGCUCCGCCAAUGCCAAGAACGCUCCUGAGCUGUCUGCGUGCCCUGACAUCGAUGGGUUCCUGGUUGGCGGGGCAUCCCUGAAGCCGGAGUUCAAGGACAUCGUCGACGCCAUCAGCGCCGCCAAGUCUGGCUGA